AUGGCCCUCUACUGCGGGGACAACUUCGGCGUGUACUCGCAGCCCGCCGCCGCCGCCGCCGCCGCCACCCCCGGCGCGCCCGCGGCCACCCGGGCGCCCUACCGGCUGGCGGACUACUCGGCGCCGCCGCCCGCCGCCGCCAACCCCUACCUGUGGCUCAACGGGCCCAGCGUGAGCGCCCCGACCGCCGCCGCCGCCGCCGCCGCCGCCGCCGCCUACCUGGGCGCCCCGCCGCCGCCGCCGCCGCCGCCGCCGCCGCCCCCCGGGGCCGCGGCCGGGCCCUUCCUGCCGCCCUCGGCCGCCCCCGGGACCUUCGGGUGCGCGCAGCGGCCCUUCGCGCAGCCCGCGCCCGCCGGACCCGCGUCGCCCGCCGGGCCCGCCGCGCCGGGCGAGCUAGGCUGGCUGUCCAUGGCCAGCCGCGAGGACCUGAUGAAGAUGGUGCGGCCGCCCUACUCGUACUCGGCGCUCAUCGCCAUGGCCAUCCAGAACGCGCCCGAGCGCAAGCUCACGCUCAGCCACAUCUACCAGUUCGUCGCCGACAGCUUCCCCUUCUACCAGCGCAGCAAGGCCGGCUGGCAGAACUCCAUCCGCCACAACCUGUCGCUCAACGAUUGCUUCAAGAAGGUGCCCCGCGACGAGGACGACCCAGGGAAAGGUAAUUACUGGACUCUGGAUCCCAACUGUGAGAAAAUGUUUGACAACGGGAACUUCCGUCGGAAGCGCAAGCGCCGCACGGAGGCCAACAACAGCUCCACGGUGGCUGCCCGGACACCAAAAUCGGAAGAAGGGAUGACCCCAGGACUCGGCGGGAAGCCUGAGGGGGACAGCCCCUCCUCUCUGCUGCGGCCUUCACAGUCUCCCGAGCCCCCCGAAGGCACCAAGAGCACCGCGUCGUCCCCAGGACCGUCGGGGCUCACCUCCACCCCGUGCCUCAGCACCUUCUUCAGUAGCCUCAGCACCUUGAGCAGUGGCGGGGGCAGCAGCAGCAGCGGGAGCAGCCCUCGGGUCCCAUCCAGCAGCCGACACCUCGGGAUCCAAGGGACCCCGCUGCCCCCCAACAGCACCUACCCCACUACCAGCCUGACAGAGGCUUCCACAGAUACUUUGCAGCUAAGCAAUGGCCUCAGCCCUGGCAGUGGCCAGCGAUCUUCCUACUAUAGCCCUUUCCCGGCCAGCACCGGCGGGGGCCAAGGCAGCCCUUUCAACAGCCCCUUCUACAACUUCAGCAUGGUCAACAGCCUCAUCUACUCCCGGGAGGGCUCGGAGGUGUAG